AUGUUAUCGUCUACGCUAUUUUUCGCCUCUCAUUUACUCCUCGGCGCGGGUGCUUUUCUUGUCUAUCCGACUUUCUAUGUCGAAACAUGGAUGGAACAUGGGUUGAACGAGGCUUGUGGAAAAGCCCUCUUGACAGAUAUCGACUGCGACAGCAAUCUGAAUGGAAUGGGACGCACUGGGUGGCAGGGACUGCUCCGAGGUGACGACGAUUUUACUAUAACUGAUAGUAUUUGCGCCCCCAAGUGCGGCGAAUCUCUUCAGGAAUGGUCUAAGGCCUUGUCUGAAAACUGCGACCCACGAUCAUUCAGUCCCAUUACUCUGGUCGAGGGCCGUAUACAGCUUUGUGAUAAGGAUGAAAAGACAGGAGAAUACUGCAAUGCUAUCAUUGAUGCGUUUCCGAACCUACGCGACGAUGAAGUCCUGGUCCCCGAGGACCUUUGCGAGCCAUGCUAUGUCAGACGUAUGUGGAGGUUUGAUAUCAGCCAUUAUAGUCCUGCCAACGGCUGGAUCGAACGUUCUCGUGACCGUAUGGACAAGUAUUGUCCCAAGUCUGUCUUGGCCCAGAAGAGUGCAACCGUGGUUCAAGACAUGUCGUCUACAACAACAGCCGCUGCAUCGGAUUCUUCGACAGUCCCAGAGAAGGUCACAACUGCAGAAAGCACUAUCGCGACCCCAGACACCACUGCAUCGCCAACAGCCGAGACAUUGGAAAAGGUCACUGCUUCAGUGGAGCCUAAUGCAGGUUGA